GCACACUGGCUUCGACAUUCCCUCACGCCUAUUGGCCCGUCAACUGUACUCUAUGAAACCCCAGGACUCGACGGCCUGAUGGGAUGGAACGCCCGCCGGUCCCAUGCAUCCACGGGGCGACAAGGACCUUUCUCCUCAAGCCUUCCCCUUUGGGACCAGCCACCUGACCAGGGCCGAUGUUCCCUUCACCGUGACUCUCUCAUGGCGAGACUUUAGCCGUCAGUGGCCUUGUCCCGUUGUCGGUAGAUGGGAUGUUUCGAUAACCCUUGGGAGCUCACAAGAUUUGAACACUCAAUCUACUCAUACCAUCCCAGGCCGGCUCGAGGCCGGAAACCCUAUGGAGUACAGUACAACCUUGGAGGGGCUCGCGGGAGGAUCCUCAGGUCCGAUUUCAUCCCCGGGUGGCUGUGCAGAUUCGUCCCUUGACAGCGCCUACGGUCUACGCGCCGGGCCCAGCACGAUGUCGCACAUACCCAGACCCAGGACCACCCAACUCACCCGCCCUUAUCGCCAAGUGGAAGCCGCCAGAAUCGCACCAUUUCUCGCACCGCUUGGCCUCAUCCAGCUUGGCCCGGCUCCGGUUGGAGACUCGCGGCGAGAACCACAGCAAGCACCUGCUACGUACCAGAACCCCAAGCGCCCCACGUCUGCUCAACGCCACACUAUCCACCAUCACCUACCAACCCCCAGCAUCGUGCCUCUGUGCCAAGUCUAUGAUCUUCACAAUCUACGCCUGACAGAGCAUGGCCAUGUGGUGCUUCGCAUGUGCAUGCCCUGCCCGGGGGCAACCGGGGGCACUAUGUAAACUUACGUACGUGUCCCUCCAGACCGCCCUCUGUCAAAAGCUCAGGCACAAGUGAGCAACGGCGCUUCCACCAUGCUUCUCUAGUGGUCGAUAGAAUUCGGAUGUGGCUUAGUGGGCCCUCUUUUCCCAAGACCC